GGCAGAGCUAUCUGCAAGUGGGGGUGCGCCCGACCGAUGCCGCGGGGAGUCAGCUGUGGUGAAGGAGAGGCGGAAAGUAUUUAAAAUCUACGACGUGCUAAAGGAUCCUAGUGGCAGCAGUGGUUAAGCACUUGGCUGCCAACUGGAAGGUUGGCGGUUUGAACCCACCAGCCGCUCUGCAGGAUAAAGGUGUGACAGUCUGCUUCAGCCUUGGAAACCCUGUGGGGCAGUUCUCUCUGUUACAGGGUGGCUAUCUGUUUGACCAUAUGCUGGUGACUGUACAGUGGGGAAAGGAAUAGUGUCCCAUGCAAUCUCUGUUCUCAAGAGAACUUCCAGGCCAACUGUCAUAUGGUCAGUGGCAGAUCAGAGUCCAGCACAGGUGACAGGAAUGAAGUGUUGUUGGAGAUGAUUGGCGUUGGGGUAUCUCACUUUUGCCACUUCCUAUCAGUGUUUUUUUUUUAUCAGUGUGUCAAGUCAUUUCCCCUCUCAGAGCUUCAGUUUUUCCUCUGAAAAAUGAACAUAGUAGGGUCACUACAAAGGCUGAGUAGGAUUACAUGUAAGUCAAGCAGUGUUGUGCUUGUCAUGGAAUGGGUGCUCGGUAUGUGGUAGCUGUGAUUUCCAGGAACUAAUAGAUCAUUUUGGACUGAGUACUCUAGAAAGGCCUUGGGGGAGUGGUUGAUGUGGCUUGGGCUUUAAAGCCUGAGUGGGACUUACAGGUGGAACUGACUUUGCAGUAUGGAAAGGGAACUGAUACUCAGAUUUACCAGGGCUUCAAACCAGUUCAGUUUGAACCUCUGCCGAGAAUUUUUAUUUCUACCCCCAGAUAUACUGAAUCAGAAUCUACAUUUUAACAAGAUCCCCAAGUGAUUCUUACGUAUAACUUCCUGGGAACUUGUUAGAAAUACAGGUUCUCAGCAGGGGUUCAAACCAGUUCAGAUCCCUGCUACUUGCCCCUCUGUGUGUCAGGUACCCAUGGUGGGCAGUUGGUAAGUAUUGUCUCGUUGAAUCCUCAGCCAUGAGCCAGGUGCAUUUAGCCCACUACCUUUAACUUCAGCCCCUCUAAAGAUAUGAAAAGAAUACCCAGGGUUGGGUUUUUAUAUGGAGUUGCGCCAGCUGGAAACUUUGGUGCACUCCCACCCUCUGCUGCUUCUUCUCCCUCAGUUCUUUCUUUCUGUGAUCCAGAGGAUUGGUUGGGUUCUUGGAUUUGUCUGGAGGGCCUGUUACUCUAGUGCUCUAGCACUUUUUGUCGGUUGGGCCUAACAAGUGAGUACCUGUUAAGCUCAGACUGCAUGAGCUAGACCAUAGGAGAGAGGAGCUCUGAGAACAGGAGCUGUUGAAUUCCAGCACUGCUUAGGAAGCCCAUAUGGUCUCCUGUUAUGUGGUCCCAUAGUAAAAGAGUAACUGGGUCCUUUUCUAUCCUCUUCAUGGGUGCCCAUAUGAUCUUCUUGAAACAGUGAUCUGAUCAUGUUAUAACAUUGAAUAAUCUCUGCUCAGAAACUUUGGGGUCUUCAUUGCCCAGUAUACAGAGUUUGGAUUCAUCAGGCUCGUAGACACAUCUCCCCAUGAUCUGAUCACAAACCUCUUUCCUGCCCUGUGUCCCUUUGUUUUCCAAGCCUGCACCCUGUGCCCCAGUCAAAAUGAAACAAGUCUUUGUUCCUCAAACACACCCUGCAUGUUCCUGUUCCAGCCUUUUUGGAGUUCCCUCCUCCUGCUCCUAUGUGACCUGCCUGGUGAAGCUUCUCUGAUUCCCAUGCUGGAUUAGUUGCUACCUUUCCAUCUUCUGUAGCAGAAGCUGAACCUCGAUCACAGAGCGUGGGGCCUGUUACCCCAUAUGUACUCUGAGUGCAUUGAUGGCAUGGACCAUACCUGUAGCAUCUCUCCCCUGCCUGGAACAUAGUCAGCGUCUGCAGCGUUUAUUCAAUGGAAUACGCUGCCAGAUAUGAUGAAGCAGAGGCAGAUGAAAAACAGAAGAAUAUCUGCUACAUACAGAGACCAUUGAAGCAUUAUUUCAUUUGGAAUUUCAAGUUUAUAGAACAUUCAUUUCCCAGAAGUUCAACAAACCUAUAGAGAUGGGCAGCAGUGAGCCCUUUCCCAUUGCAGAAAGCGACAAGAGGAAGAAGAAAAAGCGGAAGGUCCGGGCUACUGACUCCUUGCCAGGAAGGUUUGAAGAUGUGUACAAGCUGACCUCCGAGUUGCUGGGAGAGGGAGCCUAUGCCAAAGUUCAAUGUGCCGUGAGUCUGCAGAAUGGCAAAGAGUAUGCUGUCAAAAUCAUCGAAAAACAAGCAGGGCACAGUCGGAGUAGAGUAUUUCGAGAGGUGGAGACUCUGUAUCAGUGUCAAGGAAACAAGAACAUUUUGGAGCUGAUUGAGUUCUUUGAAGAUGACACAAGGUUUUACUUGGUCUUUGAGAAAUUGCAAGGAGGCUCCAUCCUGACCCACAUCCAGAGACAGAAGCACUUCAAUGAGCGAGAAGCCAGCCGAGUGGUGCGGGAUGUUGCUGUUGCCCUUGACUUCCUGCAUACCAAAGGCAUUGCUCACCGUGAUCUGAAGCCGGAAAAUAUAUUGUGUGAGUCUACAGAAAAGGUGUCUCCAGUGAAAAUCUGUGACUUUGACUUGGGUAGUGGGGUGAAACUGAACAACUCCUGCACCCCCAUAACCACACCAGAGCUGACCACUCCAUGUGGCUCUGCAGAAUACAUGGCCCCCGAGGUGGUGGAAGUCUUCACAGACGAGGCUACUUUUUAUGACAAGCGCUGUGACCUGUGGAGCCUGGGUGUGGUCCUCUACAUUAUGCUGAGCGGCUACCCCCCCUUCGUAGGCCACUGCGGGGCAGACUGCGGCUGGGACCGGGGAGAGGUCUGCAAGGUGUGCCAGAACAAGCUGUUUGAGAGCAUCCAAGAAGGCAAGUAUGAGUUUCCUGACAAGGACUGGGCGCAUAUCUCCAAUGAGGCCAAAGACCUCAUCUCCAAGCUCCUGGUUCGAGAUGCAAAGCAGAGACUCAGCGCUGCCCAGGUUCUGCAGCAUCCAUGGGUGCAGGGGCAAGCUCCAGAAAGGGGACUCCCCACGCCGCAAGUCCUCCAGAGCAGAAAUAGCAGCACCAUGGACCUGACUCUCUUCGCUGCUGAGGCCAUCGCCCUGAACCGCCAGCUGUCUCAGCACGAGGAAAACGAGAACCAGCUGGCUGAAGAGUCCGAGGCACUGGCUGAGGGCCUUUGCUUGGUGAAGCUUUCCCCUCCCUCCAAGUCACGCCUGGCCCGCCGGCGGGCCCUGGCCCAGGCAGGCCGCAGUGCAGAUGCCAGACGGUGCCCAGCACCCACAGCACUCUGACCCACACAGUACCCCCUUCUAGGCCCUAGGUCUGUCAGGUAUUACCCCUGGAAAGCUGUGAGGUCAUUGUAUGCAGAGCAAGCCAAGGGACCUUCUCUGUAGCCCCAUUCAGGCCUUCCCCUCCACAAAGGCCCUGAGGUUCCCACCCAGCCCCCCAGUUCCCCAGGGUCCUUGAGGAAAAAGCUUUUUCGAAAGGGGUUGUCAUUGAAAAGGAAAGCAAUCACUUGUCACUUUGUAUAAUCACCAGUGGUGAUGGGGACAGCUCUUUGCUAGGCUCCUGCCCACCUGCUCACUGCCUACAGAUCCAGCGUGCUCUCCUGACGGCCAGUGGCUGGGGCUGCAGCCUUCAGGGAGCGAGCUUUGAGAAACGUCAGUUGACAGAGGCCGCCGAUGUGUGCCUCUUCCCUUUCUGCACAGUCACCCUGCUCUGGCGGUCCUUGCCACCUUCCUCUGUCCUCCGGACAGACGUCCUGUUUGCCCGUCCUCUCCCUUGACUGAGCAGAGCCAUCCCCCCAAGUCAGGGGAGGACAGGGAGCCUUCUGCAUUAGGCAAACCAGAGCAGUCUUCCAGCCUGUAGCACAGAGAAGCAUAUAAUCUUUCCUUGCCGUGACCGAAAUGUGUCCCUCAUUUAUCAUCCUCUUCCUUGUUUGUGGUUGCUGCUAAAGUCAGUAUUAUUUCAUUUUAAAAGGGGCGGGGGGGGUGUUUUUAUUAAAUUGUGCUUUUCCAGCGAAGAUGGGACUUUAAAUUCCCACUGCAAGCCCAUAGACUUUCCAGAGUGUGUAAUGGCUUGCUUUUCUUCCCUGAAUGUCCGUGCGUUUGGGUUUUAAUCUGCUUUUUCUUAUUAUUCUAACUGGUUUUAAGCUGUUACUAUCAUAGGCAACUGAGAGACAGUCCCAGUGUCAGCAGCAGCUGCAGUGCCCCUCAGGUAUGGUAUGGAGGUGGCACAGGCCUGGGCAGUUCAGUGGUGCUGGGUGCCUGCCUGAUGUGGAGCCAGAGGAGAGGCCAGUCGGCCUGUGUCAGAGGCGGCCGCUGCCCUGGUCUAACACCAUGGUGCCUAUUGCCAGAGAACUUGAAGGUUCAUCCAUUGCCAAAAAAGCCGAGCUUUUGAAUUACAUAAAGAAAAUAGAUUUGCACAUGUCAGACAAAU